AUGGUGGAUUCGCGAAGCCACUCUUUCGAAGAUACUUCUUCCACCAGCAAUCCAAACCAGUCACUAACCUUCUUGUCCCAAUCCGAGUCCUCUCAGGAUGACGAAUCCCUCCAAAUCACUGAAUUUGCAACUAUUAACCUACCAUUGGCCGACUCACCAGCCAGUUCUCAAAACUCACUGGUCCUCAGACCCACUCCAAAAGCUGUCAAUAUAACAACACACGCACAAGAGAACAGAGAAGCAAGCUCUCCUGCACCUAGCUCUCCUGAACGAGGUCGCAGACUAUCAAGAGGACCCCCAGUCAGCAAUGCAUCACAAGCGACUUUUCGCAGUCCAAUCUCGCAGGACAGGUUCAUCCCAAAGCGGGAAUUUGGCAAUCAUUCGUCAACUUCUUAUCGCGUGAACAAGCAUCCCUUCCAGCUGUCUCCUCGGGAAAGAAUCCUCAGACGACGGUCACCCGGUGAAGACCCGUUCCUCCCAACACCUCGCCAGUCUCCAGUGUCUCCCGGGCGAAGGCCAACCCCGACUCGUCCCCCCCAGGGACCACACCACCGGCCUCAUCUAGUCGCCGACUCCAUUGCAUUGGGUAACUCUGCUUCCAAUGACUUUCUGAGAAGAGUCAGUGCAGGGGCUGUCUGGGGUGUGGGCGGGGCCUCUGCAGUUCUCGGACAGCCUCCAGCGGCCACCUCAACUGGCGCACGAAGCAUCUCCGGUCGAGGCGGAGUGUCUCCAGCUUUCGUGGCAAGAUUUUUACCUAGAAUCACACGCCAUGAUGACUUGAACAAGCACGAGUCAAGACUUGCACUCGCCUUGGACAUUGAUCCAACAACUCGACUUAUAGAUAUCUGCACAGCCCGUGAAGAAAAGUCCCUCAGUCCAGCAUCCAAAGAUUUCGAACGAUACUCGCCGUUUGUUUGGAAGGACAGUGCCUGGAAAAGGGUGGAAAGGGGACAUUCCGUGGGCCUCGGCCAAUAUGUCUACCUCUGGUCCGAGGGCUCGGCUCUAGAUCAUCCACCUUUUGGAGACGUUCAUCCGUCAAAUUACGUGACCUCUCUUUCGUUUUCUUCAGAAGACGGAGAGCGGAGUAUCCUUGCCGUCGGACGUCAGUCUGGUCAAUUAUCUCUUUGGGGUGCUUUUGAGCCCAACGUUCGCUUCGAGAUCAGCCAUCCUCACAGCCUUACUUGUGUGUCAUUCAAACCCAAAACUACACGAAGAAUAUCGGAGAGGUACACCAACUUGGUAGUCAACACGGAAGACCUGGCUGUCGGUGAUGAAUUGGGCAGUAUUUGGUAUUACUCGGUUGAGUGGCCGGAGAUUAACAGCAAGUGGAGUUGGACGGGCUCCUUGACACUACUUGCAAAGAUCUCGGCGCACUCCCAGCAAAUAUGCGGAAUGGCAUGGUCCCCAGAUGAGCGGUUUCUUGCCACCGGCGGCAACGACAACGUCUGCCUCCUCUUUGAACUGCGUGCAAUUGUUCCUCCGUCGUUCAGCGAUGCGACAGCGUCACCCGUAUUUACGGACUCGUCCGGUGGUGCGAGCGUACAGACCCCUUCAGCCCUCAAUAUGGGUACAAUGCCACGACAGUCGCUCAGCAGACAACGCAUUGUGAGCAAUCUACUCCCAUCGUGGUUCCAACCCCCACCCGUCCGACCCUCUAUGGCAGCUCCUCUUCUCAGUCAUGCAGGCACUCUCAUCUCUGGGAGGGGUAAAACUGUGCUGAUUCCCUCUAACUGUCAGAAGCACCGCUUGCUGCAUUCGGCUGCUGUCAAGGCAAUUGCAUUUGCGCCGUGGCAGCCAUCACUGCUGGCAACCGGGGAGGAUCCAACGACCGGGCAAUUCGUUUUUGGCACACUCGGACGGGACCAGACUCGACGGGAGAUUGUUGCAACCUUUGGAUAUGCUCAACCUGAUCACCCGAUCCGAAUUGCUGUAUUUGCCUGGCCCAGUUGUGCUCAGGUCGCGGUCAUUCCCUGGGGGCCGUACGGAACCAGCUGGGAUGGGCCGGAUCCUGAACCUAGGUAUGACUGUGGACGCGCUUUAUGGGCUGUCAGCUAUCCAGGACGAGUCCCUCGACCACCGAGCAUCACGCCAGAGAACUCGGACAUACUCACUCCGCCCGCGUCACGAUCGCCUACUCCUUCUCCCACGCGACCACAGGCUACAGAGUGGGGAAGUGAAUCACCCAUCAGGCGCGACAGAAACUCGCGCGCCGUUCGGCCCAAGGAAAAAGAGGGUGGGAUGUGGUGCUCUCGUACCGUGGAAGAAGGAUGUAUUAUCGUCGCAUCCAGUGAUCAAACCGUCAAGUUUCACGAAGUCUGGACUGGUCGUCGCACGAGUACCGGGUCUGCGGCGUGUGGACUCUUUGGAGGCAGUGAUAUUCUGGAAGGCCUGGAGGGAAUUGAGAAGAUUGGCAAUGAAGUCAUUCGCUAG